UUUAUAUGUCAAAUCCCUUAGUCUCUGAAGGAGAGUGGUUAUCUGACAUGAGAAAGAAAGAUUCAACUAUGCAAGUCCUGCACAAAGAGGAGGGGAUGCGGAGUGAAACAUUAACAUGGCCUUUUCUUAUUCAUUGCAUUUGGCUUGGAGUGAUGGGAGUUGAAGCCUCAUCAUGGACUGCUGAGGUGCCCAGCUCAGUAUCCGGCCUGCAGGGCUCAUGCAUCGUGAUUCCCUGCUCAUUCAACUACCCAGAACCAGAGAAGAAGAACUCCAAAUUCACUGGCAUCUGGUUCAAAGGCACCCAUGAUACUAUAUACCACCCAGACAGCUCCAACAUUAUCAAAGACUACAGGGGUCGUACAGAGCUGGUGGGAGACCUCUGGCAGAAGAACUGCUCUCUCAGAAUCGACCACCUCCAUCGCAGUGACAAAGGACCUUUUCAUUUCAGGGUUGAAAUUAAAGACGAAAACAAGUAUUCCUACAUACAUGACACGGUCUCCAUUGCAGUGAGCAGCUCUCCAGACCCCCCCUUUCUGUCAGUGAGGGAGGAGGUGAAGGUGGGGGUGGAGCUGUCUGCCUCCUGCUCUGUGUCUCACUCCUGCCCAUCUGAUUCCCCUCUCCUCACCUGGAGCCACUCCGGAACACCCAGUGUCCAAUCACAGCAGCUGACCAACGGCCAGUGGAAAGUGACGUCAUCCCUGACCUUUACCCCCAGCAUCACUGAUCACAACCAGUCUCUGGUCUGCACAGCAGAACACAGGGGAGUGAAGCCAGUGAAAAUGUCCAAAACUCUCAAUGUCAAAUAUGCCCCAGUGGAUGUGAAGGUGGAGGGAGUGUCCAGUGUGAAGGAGGGAGACUCUGUGGAGCUAAGAUGCUCCAGUGACAGUAACCCUGCUGCCCACAGCUACCGCUGGCACAACAGUAGAGGGCCUCUGCCCACCACUGGACCUACCAUCACACUGGAGAAUGUGACCAGACUCACUGAAGCACUCUACUGCACUGCCGUCAACACAGAGGGACAAGGCCACUCCAGCCCACUGAAGCUCAAUGUAGAGUACCCCCCUGAGAUCAAAGUGGGCUCUGCCUGCACUUCAGACGUCUCCACGGUAACCUGUCUAUGCAUUGUGGACUCGGAGCCCCCCGGCACCGUGGAGUGGUCUCUUCCAGAUGGACCCCUGCCCACCUUGCCCAGUACCAGAGUGGAGAGGCAUGGGUCAGUUACCAUGGUGACCCUACAGAGGGCACUAGGCUUCUCCGAGAACGUCCACUGCCAUGCCAGCAACACACAGGGCAAUGCCACCUUGUCCUUGACUGUGUCCACAAAUGAUAAGAAGUUGAUGCUGUACGUUUCAAUUGGUAUUGCUGCAUUAGUGGUGGCAGUAAUACUAAUUCCCAUGUCAGCUUGCCUAUUGAACAAGAAGGGUAGGAGGAGUCGUAGUGACCAGUCAGUAACCAGCAAGCAGGAAGUGGACACAGCCAAGGGUGCUUUUUCACAUCCCUCACCAUCAAGGAAAGAGCAGAAAGACACCAGCAGUGAAAUCCACACAAACUAUUACACCAACGAUCAGCUAUAUGGAAACAUGGAGGCUGAAGAGGAUGGCGACCCAUACGAGUGUGUUGAUGGAGACGAUGCAGUCUAUGCUAAUAUGUGAACAUAACAGGAAGCAUGUGGAAGUCAGCUGGUUCAGAGGCAGUGGUACUCAGUCUGUCAAAGGUUCCAGUAAAAUAUUAUCAUUUUAAGUCAAUGUAGCAGAACAGCUGACUGCUUAUAUUUGUUAGCUUUAUGUAGCUCCAUGGUUCUAAAGGCUAAAGAAAAUGGCAGGGUUUGUGUUAUGUAUUUUUUUUAAAUUAUCUAUGGCUUAGGUGAUUCAGGCUCUUUGGUAUCACAUACACUUAUGUCAGUCUCAUUAAUACUGCAGAACUGUGUACAAGCUGAACUGUUAAUUACAGAACACCACCUAACACAUUAACUGGCAUGACAUUUCGUCUCAUGGGAGGCCAUAAAGCUUCUAAAAGUCUUCUCAUAGGCGGCCACCUCUACAAUGCAUUCAGUCAAAAUGCAUGUUUUAUUGUACACAAACCAAAAGCAUACCAAAGGCACUAACAAGCAUUUAAAUGUCUUUAAACUACUACAAAUAUGUCAAAAUUCAUCUCCCUCCAAGCACCCCCUGUGACUUCGAGAAAGAUUUUAACCCAGUAACCCCAAAAAAUACUCAGUUUUCACCAUCACUGUAAAGCCCUAGUCAUUUUGUUGCUUUUGAUGAAGUUAUUUCUGAAGAUGAUUAUUUAUUUUAUGUGAAAAGUGAUUCCUUUGUCUGUUACUUGAUCUGAACUCUCGUUUUAAUAUAGUGGAACUAUUCCUUUUUAAAUUAUAGCGUAAAAGCAGCCAUUUUCUGGUGUUUUGUGGUGAAAAACAGAGCGGGUCUAGCAUAAUACGGCAACCCUGUUACCCAUAGAUAGACAGGCUACAAAUGUUUAACAAUUUGUAAUUAUUUGUAAUUCUUGCUUUCAACUGACCCUCCCUGUUGCACACAACAAGCUUCCAUUCUUCUUGUCACAAGAGUACAUAGCUGAUUUAACUAGUAAUUACCAGUUGGAGGGGAGUUCAAGUGGAUUUUUCCUAACCAUCCACUGUAGAGCUUCACAAUACCACUCAUUUGAAGCACAGGCUACUGUGGCGAUUUGAUCAUAAUGUAGGCCUACCAAAGUGAUUUACCAUCAAAAACAUUGGAGAAAAUGCAUCCCAUAACAUUUUAACAUGGAAAUGGCUGUUCUAUCAUUCAGCCUACAGUAGCAUCCAAUGUGCGGUGUUCAAUGGAGGCCUGCAUUCCAUGAGACGUAAAAAAAAUUGAUAUUAACCUGUUAAUCCACUUGUCCUUCAGAGAAGGAGGUGACUGAAAAUGUUGUGGUGUUUGAUGCAAGAAACAUCUUUACAAAAUAAAAUGCAUUAUUAUUCCCAUACCAUGAUUACAGAGAAUCAGACAAAUUAUGCUACCCUCUGUCUAUUGGCUACUUAGCUUAUUUAAGCCUGUGUCAAAAUACAACACUGCUCCUUUAAUACAAACAAAAAAGCUCUUUAAAAAAACACAGUCCAGUUCAAAGUAAAUGGCACCGAUCCAUAUAUGGCAAUGGUCUAUUUGCGUAUAGUCCUACUGCAGCUCUGAUUGUAAUGCUGCACCAGUUUGUGUAGAGUACGGUCUGUGUAGACGAGAGUAUGGGCUGAGUAGUGAAUGUCAAUACAAUAGAAUCCUACUCCGAUGCAUUCUGCCUACAAUAAAAUCUGUUGCAUAGUUUGUUUUGUUUCGGUAUGUUGCAUUGAAAGUAGCUAAUAUUGCAUUGAUUCAAUCACAAUUGCAACAGUAAAGGUAAAUGUUAACAGGGAAAACUCUAGAACAGUGGUCACCAACCUUCUCUGAGUCAAGAUCACUUUGAGUCAAAAUGCAACCCGAGAUCUACUGCUCAGAUUUUAUUUUUUAACAUGAUUUAAAAGAUGGAAGCCUAUGCAACAAUAACCAAUUAAAAACAGUACUGUAGCAGUGAGGUUUGUGCAGUAUGCUAUAGGACCAAUAUAUUGUCACAGUAUUUUGGCUUUCUUGAAUUGCCUUGCCAAUACAUCGUUGUUUAGGCCAUUUAAAAAAUAAAAAAAAAUUUGUGUUAGGCUAUGUGAUCACACCGGUAAUAGAGCCGUUGUUAUAUUACUUGUGAAGCACAGCUGAGUGAGCAUACAUUUAAAUCAUUUGCUUUUUAUUUUUAUUUUACUGGGCUGAUCGUGCCUGCAUCUGAUGGUCAGUCUCAGCCGAGGGAGAGAGCAGCAGACUGAGGGUUUGCCUCCGCUACACCUUUCCUCAGCUGACACUGACCAAAAGGGGACACCAUCUUCCAGCUGAUGGCGACCUCGAGUUCCAUCCUAUGAAGAGAAGGUGAAAUAUUAAUUGAUAUUCAAAAAUACCCAAUCCUGAAAUAAUAACCACAACACAAGCCUAUAGAUACGCUUUCCUACUCAUUCAUGACUGCUGCAGUGCUUGUUGUGGUGCUGAGUGAAUAUACCCUUAUGAAAAAAUAUUGCAGUCAGAGCGGGGCAUCUCGUAUGAGAACUCGGCACAGCCUAGAGAUUAUGGUAAUGCCAUUGCAGGCUGUGUGUGUGUGUGUGUGUGUGUGUGUGUGUCUGUGUGUGUG